AUGUCGAACCUAGUAUUCCUUCAAGUGCCUAAUUCACCUGGCCCAAAACACAACCGAAGCUCCUCAGUCUACAGCCGUAACUCUUGUGACUCAAACUUUUCAGCCUACACCGGAACCACACUUGUUGCAGAAACAUGCCCCACCAUACUUCGAACUCGAGAAUCACGAUUGAGCUGUGAAGGCCCAUGUGAUGGAACAGUAUUCUACAUUUACGAUAAACCAUUACCUCCAUUGCCUCAGGAAGCUCUUGUGAAGAAACAAAAGCCUUUGCCUCCAUUUUGCAGGUCUCAUCAAAACAUAAGAAGUCUGAUUUCGGAACCUGAGAAUCAUGUUAUAUAUUACGAUGAGAAAGAAGUUUAUGUUCAUAACCCAUUUAGCGAUGAGAAAGUGGUGAUGGUAGGAAUUUUGGAUGAAAAUGGAAAAGUUUUAUGA